AUGCUUGGAACCGACGAUAAGUUUGAGUCAUCUCUUGAUGCCAAGACCAUUCAGCGCUUGCACAGCAUACAGCUGGUCACUGAAUCCCACGACCAAGGCUGGUAUAGCGAUAGAGCCCUUGGAAGUUGGACGUGGUUUGAGGUCGCUAUUUUCGAGAAUGAGGCCGCUAUCGAACCCAGGAAAAAGGAUGAUAUUCUGCUGUCAUGGACGAGCCACAGGAGCGAGAUGGCACCUGAAUCUGAUAGUGAUAUGGACCCUGAGAUUGAGUUGUUCUCUCCGCAACUUGGAUCCUUGUUCUCGCAGGAUCAUGAUAUAUUCCGUCUACUGGAGCAUUUAGUGGAGAGAGAAUCCGUCAACUUUGGAUCUAUCGCAGCAAAGGUUAUAACUACCCAAGAAGCAUUCAAUGAGAUUAACAAGGCAAUAUUUCCUGAACUUGAUAACCUACCAUCUGUCCCAGGUUCUGUCUUUAAAGCCGAAAUGAUGAGUACGGAUAUUGCAAGCGAUAGACCACUACGUGUUUUAUGCUUAGAUGGUGGUGGUGUACGUGGAUUGGCUUCUCUCAAGAUUCUCAAGAGAGUUAUGGAACUAUCUUACCCUGACAAGAAGCCCUGUGAGGUCUUUGACAUGAUUGCUGGUACUAGUACUGGAGGAUUUAUCGCCAUCAUGCUUGGACGUCUUGAGAUGAACGUGGAUGAUUGCAUCGCGAGCUACAUUAGGUUCAUGAGCGAGGUCUUUCCUCAAAGAGGAGGAGUUCUCAAAAAGCUUCCAUUUGGUUUGGGAAAAUUGGGAGAUUGGUGGGAAUCCACAAUUGACGUGAAGAACAAUAUUACCAAGGAUGAAAAAUGGGACUCUGGUGUCCUUGAGAGGGUCAUCAAACAGCUCGUCAAAGAAAAGCUGCAGCGAGAUCCCGAAACAGUACUCUUACAAGAGGAGCAAGAGCCUGAACCACCUUGUAAAAUCAUCGACUGGCAGCAAUAA